CCUACACUAACAAACGUUCUGCACACACCACAAAUCUUCGUAUUCAUCUCGCACAUCUUUAAAGAUAGCAAAGUAAGGCACACUCCCAACGCCAACAUGGCCCGUUUACGCGUGCCGAGCGCAAACCAAUCGGCUGUCGCUACACCAUCGACUGAGACGAGAGCCCCGCGCAGCCAGAAGAGUUCGCAGAAGCCAGCCCUCUCGACCCGGUCCACUUCAACACAUGAGCAAGAUGAGCCGGCACCCAUGCCGAAAACCUCGAAGCGGGAAUUGCGGUACAUGGACACAUCAUUCCAAGACUCGGAAAACACGCCCUUCAAGCCCAAAGCCCCCUCCCCAGUCAAGCCCUUGAGUCCGCGCAAACAGCGCGUUCUGGGCCCCAUUGGUAGCAACAGUCGGUUGUUGAGGAAGCUGAGCGACGAGACUCUGGCUAGUCCUGAGAAGAAGGAUAAGAGAGAGCGGAGGGUGCGAAGUGGAACCGCGGAUGUUGAUGUUGUUAAGAAACAACGGCUGAUGUAUGCGAAGAGUUUGGCGAAGAGUGUUGCGGGGAGAAGGGCGAAUAAGGGGAGGAUCGAUGUUGUUGGGCUGCCGGAGGUGAGGAGAGAAGAGCAGGUUGAGGUGAGGGAUGUACAGGAAGAGGAUGGGGAUGUAGAUAUGGAUGUGGAUGUGGAUGUGGAUGGUGAGGCGGAGACGAGUCUUUGGUGUGGAGAUGAGCAGGAUGUUGAGCCGGAACUCGCUCAAAAUCAAGAGGUGGAAGAGCGCACCGAAGCUGAAGAAGAGGAUGAGGAGGAAGACGAUGACGAUGAGCCUGUUGUCUUCGUCAGGCAGAGGCAACGUCAGGUGCGGAGUCGGGCUGUGCAGUCUGAUACUGAGGACGAAGAGGAGGACCAGCUCGAAGAGGCAAAGAGACGUACCCAUCUACCCUCUCCAGAAUCCAUGGACCAUGAAGCAGCUCAGGAGCCAGUAGUGGAGGAGCCAAAGCCUCUUGUUUCCAUGCGGCCACCGUUCAAGAAGGGUCACAGCACUAUCUCCAACUGGGCACAGGAAGUCAUUGAUCUCACAAAUUCCCCUGAACCUCCCGCGUCUUUCAUCCUCCCACCACCAAACAGGGCUCGGACAGCUUCUUUCGCAGCAUCUUCCCGUCCCACAAGCUCGGACUCGAACGCUGCAAUGGCGGUGCUCACGUACUCUCCAACUCCCACCAAGCAACGUUCUCCAUGCAAAGCACCCCCUCUCGUGCGUCCUAUAACGCCUCCUGCACUUCCUGCCAGCCCAUCAAAGCUCGUCUCGCCCUCGAAAAAGAAGCCCUUAGUCCCGAAAGCACCAGACCUCCGCCCAAGCCUCGACACAUUCUGGAACCCCGAAGUAGUGAACGAUUGGAACGACCGUCACGCACCCUCGAAACCGCUCGUUUCGCCCAAAAAGCAGAAGUGGCGCGAAGACAUCGUCAAGAUGAUGGAGGGCGUCAAUCUAGAGGAUAACAACAGCAGCAGCGGUGAAGACAUCAAGCCCCCAACAACAAGCCCAAAGAAGAAGCAAGACCCAAAACGCACCACCACCACAACCACCACCACCAACCCACCAAAAAAAUCCCCCACAGAGCCCUCCACAAAAGAACUCCGCGCCCAAAGAAAAGACUUCGCAACCCGCAAACACGACCUAGCAACCACCUUCCUCACCACGCUCGACACCACCAUAAGCUCCGGCCGCAUCGCCGCCCUCUCCCACUCCACCGGCGGUAUAAAACUCCUCUGGUCCAAAACCCUCAAAACAACAGCCGGCCGCGCAAACUGGCGGCGCGAGCAACUCCGCAUCCGGUGCGGCCCCCAUCCCAACGACUUCCGCGUAGAAAUCCGACACCACUGCUCGAUCGAGCUCGCGGAAAAAGUCAUCGACGACGAAGAACGCCUGUACAACGUCCUCGCGCACGAGUUCUGCCAUUUGACGACCUUCAUGAUAAGCGACGUGCGCAACAAUCCGCACGGCGCGGAAUUCAAGUCCUGGGGCCGUCGCGCGACUGCCGCCUUUGCCGAUAGGGGGGUGGAAGUCACGACGAAACACGCGUAUCAGAUUGAGUACAAGUAUAUCUGGGAGUGUGUGGCGUGCGGGUAUGAGUUCAAAAGGCAUUCGAAAUCUGUGGAUCCGGGGCGCCAUUCUUGUGGGAGGUGUAAAGGGGGGUUGGUGCAGACGAAACCUACGCCUAGGGCGACGGGGGAGGGUAAGGGGGGGAAGAGCGAGUAUCAGGUUUUUGUUAAGGAGCAUUUUGCGGAUGUGAAGAGGGGGUUGGAGGGUAGGGGGUUGGAUGCGCAGAUGGGGAGGGUGAUGGAGGAGGUGGCGAGGCAGUAUAGGGAGAUGAAGGCGGAGAGUGCGAGGGUGGUGGGGGAGGAGGCUGGUGGUGGUGGGUUGGAGGAGGCGCUGGGGGGGUUGAGGAUAUGA